AAUUAUAAAUGCUUAACUCAUCGAAAAUUUAUUACAAAAUUCUACUAGAAUAAAGAUUGUAAAAUAUGUUCAAAUAAAGAUUGUAAAAUAUGUUUUUUAGAACCAAGAAUUAAAGAUUGUUAAAUAUGUUAACCUCUCCACAGAAGUCUCUCUCAUCCAGAAUUCUAUACCUCUGUUAGCUCUUGACUUGUAUCACAAGCCAAAAGCAAGUGAACUCUUCCUUGUGUAUCACGUAACUAGACCCAUGCUCUUUAUUGAAUCCCAUCUCUCAUCAUUACCCAUAUUCUCCAGAAUCCUUUUUUCUUAUUAUAUACGAGUCUGUAUAUAUAUGCUUGAUAUCAAUACAUAGUGGUCAAUGUUCACCGGUUCAACAGGCGUUGAGUCUAUAAACUCCAUAGCAUCAUCAUCUAGGUCGACCAGCUCUUAUAUCAAAGACGCAAGCCUAGUGUCCAGGACCAGAUUGCUAGGCCCAAAUAAUUGGAUAAAUGGUCCUAGGCCAAAAGUAUUUAUAAGCUGGCAAAAUCAAAAGAAUAGACUUAUUCGGAUAACCAAACCGGUUAAUAAUCUGAUAAGUUUAGCUUUGUCUACUAUAUGUAGAUGAACCCUAAGUUAAACAUUCUUUCUGUAAUCUUUGUGACAUAAACAAGCGUGGAUACUCAUAAUGCCGAGGGGGAGAAGUGACUCUGCCAUUAAGCUAAUUACAUACUCCGAGGAGCUUGUGGAUGGAAAACCAUUCUACGCUUUUUCCAAUUCUCGUCCUGUGAAGGCUUUGAACCGCGAACCUGCUGGUCACGCCUUUCAUUCUGCUGCUCUCAAACUCCAUGGCUUUGCAGAGAAGCCUACUGAUGGUGAAGGUAGCCAUAAGAAAGUUGGUGAUGAUGAUAAAGAUGAGGAGUAUGUUUUUCCUUCAUUCAACCCCUAUGCCAACAACAAAGGGAGGAAGAAGAAGAAGAAGCCUGGUGGUACACAGCAACAACAAGACCACCAACAAGACCACUACGCGUUGUUGGGAUUGAGAAACUUGAGGUAUCUCGCAACAGAAGAUCAGAUAAAGAAAAGCUACCGUGAAGCCGCAUUGAAGCAUCAUCCUGACAAACAACACGCUGCUCUCCUUCUGGCAGAGGAGACGGAAGAAGCCAUGGAGGCCAAGAAAGAUGAGAUAGGUUCUCGCUUCAGAGCGAUUCAAGAAGCUUACGAGGUGCUGAUGGAUCCAACCAAGAGGAAAAUCUUUGACUCCACUGAUGAGUUUGACGACGAGGAUUGCUCGCCAGAAGAGUUUUUCAAGGUGUUUGGUCCAGCCUUUAAGAGAAUUGCUAAGCUGUCGGCGACAGCGAGUCAGCGUGUGCCGGAUUUAGGAGAUGAGAACACAAAGCUCAAAGACGUUGAGAAGUUCUACAGCUUCUGGUACGGUUUCAAGAGUUUGAGAGAGUUUCCUAACGGAGGAAAGCAUGAUCUUGAGAAGGCAGAUUCGCGCCAGGAGCGGAGGUGGAUGGAGAGAGAGAAUGCCAAAAAAACCGCAAAGGCUAGGAAGGAGGACGACGUUCGAAUCCGGAAUCUAGUGGACAAUGCGUAUAGAAUAGACCCGAGGAUCACGAAAAGAGAAGAGGAAGAAAAGGCCAAGAAGCAACGGAAGAAAGAAGCUAAGGUUAUGGCUGAGAAGAAGCGGGAAGAGGAGGCCGCCGAGAAAGAGAAGAUGAGGAAAGAAGAAGCAAAAGAAUCCGCCGAAAAACUAAAGAAAGAUAAGGAGAAAGAGAGGAAACUCUUACUCAAAGAGCGUAACCGUCUUAGAACUAUCUCAGCUCAUGUCCUGGCUCAGUGUCUCGUCUCCAAGGAAGAUGUGGAGAAUCUAUGCAUGUCACUAAACAUCCAGCAGCUGCAGAAUCUAAAUGAUACAAUGGAAAACAAACAAGGGGUAGAAUUGGCAAAUGUGAUUAAAGAUCACGAAGCCAACUCUAAAGAGAAAGAAAGUGAGAAAGCCAACUCUAAAGAGAAAGAAAGUGAGAAAGCCAACUGUGUUGACGCAGAGCCUACUAAAUUAGAUAACACUAAGAAGAAGCAACCAUGGAGCAAAGAAGAGAUUGAUAAGCUAAGAAAAGGAAUAAUAAAAUACCCAAAGGGGAUAUCUCGGAGAUGGGAGGUUAUAUUAGAUUACAUUGGUACAGGGAGAACCGUGGAGGAGAUUCUUAAAGCAACUAAGACCGUUCUUCUCCAAAAACCAGAUUCUGCCAAGGCGUUUGACACAUUCCUGGAGAAAAGGAAACCUACAGUUUCAAUCGCGUCACCUCUCUCCACAAGGGAGGAGGAGCUUGGAGAAUCUCUACCAAUGGGAAACAAUGGUGAAGCAAGUGGGAGUUCAGACGCAGAUGGUUGGUCGAGUGUGCAAGAAAGAGCUUUGGUUCAAGCUUUGAAGACGUUUACUAAAGAGACGAGCCAAAGAUGGGAGAGAGUAGCUGCAGCUGUUCCAGGGAAAACGAUGGUUCAAUGCAAGAAGAAGUUUGCUGAGCUUAAGGAACUCAUCAGAAGCAAGAAAACUGGAGUCUAAAGGGGAAGAAAAAAAAUUGGAGAAAUUUGGGGUUUUAAUAUUUUCGAGUUCUUUAUGUAUUGAGUCACUAGUAUAUAUCAUUAUAUGUUUUACCUAAUCUAACGUCCAUAAAUCUUCUCUCAACUAUAACAAACCGUAAAUAAGUAGCGAGAAAAAUACAGAAAGAUUAAGUUGUGAUGUUGUUCAUUUUUAUUACAAGGACCAAAGAGGAAGCAUGUAAGUCCAUGGGAUAGACCCAACGCCUCCUUGUGCUUGACCUAAUGAUGACCCAACAGUCACGUAACUAUUUCCAAUGUCUUGACCACCAAGAAGAAGCGUAAGGGCAUCACUCAUGCUGCUCUAGGUAAACAAGCUGGUAUCAAUCAUCCCAACAUACGACAUCAGAAUCUGUGACCACGGGAAUAAAAAUCACAACUACAAUGAUGCAAUGUUUCAAUAUGUUUGCUUCAAAUUAAUGUAUGAUUUCUGAUUGCGAGAGAAUCCGCUUUAUGCAAUUCAUCUGCCAUCCAUGUUACUUGUGUGACUAAGAGCUAGACUUGUAGAUGCAUAUAUAAAGCAAGAAGUCUCUCUUCAAGCUCCAAAACAGGAUUUAGAAAAUUGUGAUUAAUUAUUUCAUCAAGUAAGACUUCACACCACAUGUAUGCUGAAUAUUUUAACAUCUUAACUUAUCCGAGACAUUUGAAUAUCUUUUCUAGACUAGAUCGAACAUUGGAUUUCGUUUUUUUUACAACUUCCGAUACAAUUUGAUACUAGAUCUUUGACCCGCAGGUUUUUGUUUUUAUUUAUUUUUAUAUAAAUAUUUUAUUUUCAAUUCUAAAUUGGUAUAUAUUUAUAAUAUAUAUGUGUCUAUCAAUUUUUAAAACAUAAUAAAUUUACGAUAUAUUUUUUCAUUGAAUAGAUUGUUUUA